CUGCAAAUGUCACAUUUUAUGCACUGAGCACAUACAUGCAAAACCACAAAGCCUGCGAGCACAAGUGUGAUAUACAAGCCUCCUGAGUACUAAACAGAUGACAUCAUUACUCAGAGCCUCAGCCAGUCAGAGCACAGCAGGAAACACCGCUGUGCCAAUCACAGGAGGCCGAGGGAGGAGCCUGUGUUUACAGACGUGGCCCAGAGCGCCGAGCAGCUGUGUGAGAGAGAGAGAAAACGAGGGAGGAACGUACAGAGGAGAGAUUGUGCCGGGAUGGAGAGACAGGGAUGCUGUUGCUAGGGAACAGCGAGGAGACGUCCAUCUUUUGCAGCUUGUUCCAGAUACUGCAAGGUUGGGAAAGGUUUGCCUUUCAAGAAGGAGAGAAAUAAAUGCACCAUAUAAGAGAGAGAAGGGCGGAUAGAAGGGGAGGAGACGCCAGGUGAUAUGACGUAAUCUGGAGCGGGAUUAUGUGCUGGUCUGGGAUGAAUUAUAAUACACGUCUGAUAUCUGCUCAAAGCGAACCUGUAUGUCAUCAUUUUUGGAUGAUAAUGGCCAUGCACAGAUCCUGAGACGCUGGAAGGGAAAUCACACCCACCCCAGACGCCUCUCUUUGUCUGAGGAACCACAGAAGGGACCGGAUUCACCCGACAGACAGACAAACAAGCAAACUGAGAGUCAGAUCUGAAGCACCUCGAGUGCUAUGGAUUUAAUGGAAAGCUGAGAAAUCCACAGGCCUGAAGGUGAAACACAGAGAAACCAACGCCUGCUGAGAGAAACUCCCUUCUGUUUGUGAUCGGGAGCAGAGGAUGGGAACCACUGAAGCCACUUUACGCAUGGAGAACAUGGAGGUGAAAGAUGAGUGGCAGGACGACGAUUUCCCACGGCCUCUUCCUGAAGAUGGUGAUUUAGAUGGACUCACUGACAACACUGCUCAUCGUGCCGCUCUGACGGCGGAUCACACGGAAUCAGUCCGACAGAAGCGUCGCACGCUGAUCGCUCCGGAUAUUAACCUGUCGCUGGAUAAAAGCGAAGGUUCGCUGCUUUCUGACGAUUUCCUGGAAACACCAGACGACCUGGACAUAAAUGUGGACGACAUCGACACGCCAGAUGACGACUCCCUCGGCUCCAUCAACAACGGCAAUGAGUUAGAAUGGGAAGAUGACACUCCGGUGGCCAGCGCGAAGGGUCCGGGUGGCGAUGAGGGCGACGGUACGGGCCGCCUGUGGAGGACGGUGAUCAUCGGUGAUCAGGAGCACAGGAUAGACAUGCAGGUCAUCAGGCCGUACCUGCGCGUCGUCACGCAUGGAGGUUAUUACGGUGAAGGACUAAACGCCAUCAUUGUGUUUGCUGCCUGCUAUCUGCCCGACAGCGGCUGUGCAGACUACAAUUACAUCAUGGAGAACCUCUUCCUAUAUGUGAUCAGUAGUUUGGAGCUGCUGGUAGCUGAAGACUACAUGAUCAUCUAUCUGAACGGAGCCACGCCGCGCAGGAGGAUGCCAGGCAUCAGCUGGCUCAAGAGAUGCUACCAGAUGAUCGAAAGACGGUUAAGAAAGAAUCUCAAAUGUCUGAUCAUCGCACAUCCAUCCUGGUUCAUCCGGACGGUUCUGGCCAUCUCGCGGCCUUUUAUAAGUGUGAAAUUCAUGGAUAAGAUCCGUUACGUCCAGAGUCUGGAGGAACUGGCUCAGAUCGUUCCCAUGGAGCACGUGCAGAUUCCCGAGUGUGUGCUGCAAUGUGACGAGGAGCGAAUCAAAGCGCAGAGAGAAAGGCUUGAACAACUGGCCAAGACAUCAGAUAGGCCGCCGUCAGUGGCUGCAGAGGCCUGUCCCUGACGUGUCUUGUUGGAUACACCUCAAGGCAGGGAUUCAUCUGUGCAUGUCAUUUUCCAAAGAUGUUCCUUUAAAGAACAAUCAUGUGGAUGAACACAACCAUCAUCAUCUCAAAACACAACAAUGAUGUUUGUGAAGCUCCGUCUAGAGUGAAGUUUUUCCAUACACGCUGACCUUUGACCUGGAUCACAACCGGACCGCAGCUGAGUAAGUGUGAACGAGAGAAAACAAAUACUUAUGGACUCUUUUUUUCUAAUAUUUGUUUUGUUUCUAAAGAAGAACAUCUGUGCAAACUCAAACAUCUUGUGUAAUAGUCAUUUGUGUUGUACAGAUGUAAAACGAGGGAUGUUUAAUACCAGCGGGAUCAUAACUUGACUUGGCAGUUUAACUAUGUUCACUUGCCAGCCGCUUCCACAAUGGAAACCACAUUCAGCCUGUUACAUAAUGCAGCAAUUUACAGGUUUAAAGUCAACAUGAAAUCAUGUCUUCAUAAUCUUUCACUGGAAACUUGCCAUGAAAAAAACAAUCAACUAAUAAUUAUGUAGUCAUGGGUUGCUGUAGGUAGUUUAAUGUUUUCUAGAAUCUUCUAAGUGGUUAAAGGCGUAGUUAACCCAAAAAUGAAGAAAAUUAGCCCUUUCAAGAUGUGAAGGAGUUUGUUUCUUCAGAUUUGGAGAAAUGUAGCAUUCAGUCACUUGCUCACCAAUGUAUGUGAAUGGGUGCCGUCAGAAUGAGAGUCCAAAACAUCACAAUAAUCUACAAGUAAUCCACACCACUCCAUCAGUUAACAUCUUCAGAAGACAAAAGCUGCGUAACAAAUGCAUCAUUAAGAUGUUUUCAACUUCAAACCAUUGCUUUGGGCCAAAAUAUGAGUCCAUAAUCCAUAAUAACGCUUCCUGAAUCGUGAGAUAAAAAAAAGCAACUUUUUAUUUAUUUUUUUAUUCCAUGGCAGAAAUUGGCUUCCAUAGUUACAGUACUGUAUUUAUAUAUUUAGUUAGAUUUUUUUUUUUUUUUUUUUUUUUUACUUAUUUCAAACUAAGUUUUAUGUUUUUUUAAAUUUCUUUGCUAAUGUAAUUAAAUUUUUAUUCAUUUUUUUUAUCAGCUGUAUUUUUUUCAUAUCAUUAUUUAUUUAUUUUCAUAUGAUUUUUGUUUACUUUAGUCUUGUUUUUGUAUUUUUUUGUAUUUUUUGCACUUUUUCUAAACAUUUCCUCAAGAAGAUAAGUAGAUGAGUUUGUUUCUUCAUCAUAUUUGGAGAAAUGUAGCAUCACUUGCUCACCAAUGGAUCCUCUGCAGUGAAUGGGUGCCGUCAGAAUGAGAGUCCAAACAGCUGAUAAAAACAUCACAAUAAUCCACAAGUAAUCCACACCACUCCAUUCUAUCAGUUAACAUCUUGAGAAAUGAAAAAUUGUGUUUGUAAGAAGGAAGUCCAUCAUUAAGAUGUUUUUAACUUUGUUUAGAGCUGUUUUUUGGCUUGUAGACGGUGCUUGAUCUGUGCAGAUUUCUCUCCUGAUUCAGACCAAACACCUUUUCACUGGAGAAAACAAUAUAGAUAGAGGUUUGUAGGUAAAAUGCCAAAUUGAUGGAUUUAUUUCUGACAAACACAUGAUUUGGAGUGUUGUGGAUUACUUGUGAAUUAUUGUGAUGUUUUUAUCAGCUGUUUGGACUUGUUCUGACGGUACCCAUUCACUGCAGAGGAGCAAGUGUUGGAACGCUGCAUUUCUCUAAAUUUAAUGAAGAAACAAACUCAAUCUUGGACAACCUAAGCACAUAAUCAGCUAAUUUUAGAUCAUUUUUGGGUGAACUAUUCCUUUAAUGCAGCAAUUUGGUGCUGUUAACAUAAACAUAAUGAAGUUUUCAGCAAUAAAAGCUAAUCAGUAUUUAUUUAAAACAAAAAAAAGCAGCUCGACCUUCAUGUUGACUUUCAAACUUAUCUGAUUAAAUGUACAGUUGCCACGUGAGCUGACAGGGCAGCGGGUCACGUUUGCUGAAACUUAACAACUGUAAUACAAGUGUUUAAUCAGGUUCAGGGGCUGUGUUCCGAAUGGAAUACUAGCGUACUGCAUAAUUUUUUUUAAAGCUUAUUUGGAACAGUAUGCAAUGAUAAACGCUUCAUA